UAUAAUAAACUGGGUCAGUUAGUAGUUAUCAUUUUCUAGCGUAUGUUUGUUAAUUCAGCAGCAUGUUGGUAUUUUGAUGGCAGGUUUUGGGAAAAAUAAACAACCUGACAGACUGCACUCAGGGCACAACGCCCUUCUCCUGGCAUUGACUUCCUGGUUGGAUGGAUCCGAUUUGUUGUCUUCCUCUUCCCGCAGAGCUUGGUGGAUGUAACCGAGCAGAGCAGCUGCGGAGCGGCAGCAGGUUUUCAGUCGCGUUUUUCUUCAUUGACAUAACAGUUUUAUGUAGAAGCAGGAGAGUCUGAACCAGAGGCAGCGGAGCGGCUAGCAGAGCCGUUAGCAGCAGCUGAGAGGUUAGCUUGGACUGAGCUAGCAAACGAGCGCGUUGCUGACCCUGGUUGGACUCUUUUCUGUCUCCGAGAGCUAAAAACAAACCAAGAACUACAAGAAGACAUCAUAGUAAUCCCAUAAACCAAGAGUAUGAGAUUGGAGCCACGGGGGCUGUAGCAUGAAGAGCCCGGCGCACCGCACCAGAGACAUCGAGCGGCAAGCCGGCUACCUGAAGCCCGAGCACUGCGCCCCUCCUCCUCCCCGCAGCAGCUCAGGCACCAUGUGGUUUAUCCGUGACGGCUGCGGCAUUGCGUGUGGCAUCAUCACCUGGUUCCUGGUCUUCUACGCAGAGUUUGUGGUGGUGUUCGUCCUGCUCCUGCCAGCCAAAAACAUUGCCUAUAGUCUCUUUAACGGGGUGAUCUUUAAUGGCCUCGCCUUCCUCGCCCUCGCCUCUCACGCCAGAGCCAUGUGCACAGACCCGGGAGCUGUGCCCAAAGGGAACGCAACCAAAGAAUUCAUUGAAAGUCUGCAGCUCAAACCAGGACAGGUGGUUUACAAAUGUCCAAAGUGCUGCAGCAUCAAACCCGACCGGGCACACCACUGCAGUGUGUGUAAACGCUGCAUCAAAAAGAUGGACCACCACUGUCCCUGGGUGAACAACUGUGUUGGAGAGAACAACCAGAAAUACUUUGUUCUUUUUACUAUGUACAUUGCACUAAUAUCCUUCCAUGCAUUAGUUAUGGCAGCCUUCCACUUUGUGUUCUGCUUUGAAGAAGACUGGACAAAGUGCAGCAACUUUUCUCCACCAGCAACAGUCAUCCUCCUUAUCCUCCUGUGCUUUGAGGGUCUGCUCUUCCUGAUCUUCACUGCUGUCAUGUUUGGGACUCAGGUCCACUCUAUCUGUACUGAUGAAACGGGCAUCGAACAGCUAAAAAAGGAGGAGAGAAGAUGGGCCAAAAGGUCCAAAUGGAUGAACAUGAAGGUCGUGUUCGGCCACCCCUUCUCUAUAGCCUGGCUCAGCCCGUUUGCGACGCCGGACCAUGGCAAGGCCGACGUAUACCAGUACAUCGUGUGAAAGCUGGAGACUAAACUGAAAGCACUCAUGACCUGGACAUGAACUUAUUUUAAGCAUCUUUUCAUUUUCCUGUCUGAAUGGUGGAUAUUUCUUGAAGUCUGUCUAUCCUCGGGUUCUGUUUUAUGCCUUUAGUUGCUUUCAUGGUCUUUUUUUUU